UGUUCUCAUAGUGUUGUAAUAAUAAUAAUAAUGAUGAUAGUAUUCAUGGUUAAUAUCAGUUAAUCUGCAGUUUGUUUGUUCUGAUUGAUCAAAGAGGUUCAGUUCACUGAGACACAAGUUCACAUUAACAGAGAAACAUGAAUACAGAAUAUUAUUAUUAUGACUUUAUUCUCUCCUGGAGGCUUCUAAUGUGACCUGUGAGGUCAGACAGUGAGAGUAGUGUAGGAGGAGAGAGGUGGUGUGAUGGUGUUCUGAUGGAGUCAGUGAACACAUGAGGGUUAGCGUUAGCGUUAGCUGCAGGAGGAGUUCAGAGCUGAUUGUAGUUUGACUUGUUCUGACAGGAAGAGACAUUCCUGUCUCCGUCUCCGUCUCCAGCUGCUGUUUUCUUCACAUUCAUCCAUACGAGAACAUUACAUUCACUUUAAACUGAAACUAAGUACUGUGUUGAAGUACAAUGUUGAGGGGCCCGAGGACCAGGUGUGACCUUUGACCCCUCACAUUCAGAGUCACCUGUCUACCUGAGGGGGGCGGGGCCUGAGGAGCCUGGGGCCAUCGCCAUGGCAACGACCUCCUCCCUGCUCGGCAGAGGUCUGGGUCUGGUCCUGGUGGAGUUUCAGUAUGAGUACCAGGGUCGGGACGGGGCGCUGGUCUCCAUCAAACCCAACGAGCGCUACGUCCUGCUGGCUAAGACCAACGACCACUGGUGGCAGGUCCAGAAGGACCGCAGCUCCAAGCCCUUCUACAUCCCCGCCAAGUACGUCAAGGAGCUGCCGCCAGACUUCCCCUCGCCUCUGGACUUUGAUCCGCCCAGUCCUGAACCAGUGGUGCUUCCUGUGGCGGCGCCUGUCCCUGUCCCUGUCCCUGUCCCUGUCCCUGUCCCCGUUCCAAAGACUCUGGAGGAGCCCAGAACCAAACCGGCGGAUGAGGUGAUGAUCCGGCUCAGACCCGAUGCUAAAACCGGAUACCGCAAAACUGAGAACCGCAUGUCCACAUUCGGCGUACCGCUGGACUUCCACGACCCGCCAGCAUUGGCGGCACCGACAUCACGACAUCCCAGCAACCCUCCUGCCGGUCCCACAGAGACCGGGACCACAGCGGCCAGUGGGACUACAAACAUGGCCGACGAUGCUGUGAACAAAAAGGCCCUUUCUGGACUCCUGGACGACCACAAGGACUCCGACAAACAUCGAGCUCCCAGUUUCAGUCCAGCAGACCCCCUCUCCCCGCCGCGGCCCCACACCAUGCCCAUCCCCGUUGAGACGCCGGUGGUCCCCGAGGUCCCCCCCCACGGCACGUCCUCGCCAUCAACAGGUCACCGUGACAACCAGCAGUCCCCGAUAGAGCUGGAGGAUGAGGAGAGUAGUGAUGAGGAGAGCAGCGGCGAGGAGGAAUCACCAAAGGGGGAAGAUUCAAACCACAUCUACGAGUCCAUCCAGGACCUGAACCUGGACCUGGAGGCUCUGGUUGGAGGAAGACGGAGUCCCGGAGCGCCGCCUCAACCUGCACCUGCCCCGCCCCCCACACAGGACCACAGCUCGCUCCCUCCUAAGUCGCCCAUCUACGCCAACGUCUCCUCUCUGAAGAAGACGUCCGUCCCUCAGAUCUCCGUCUCCAGCCCCGCCCUCCCUUCGUCAUCACUUCCUCCCGACCACACCCCCUCCGUCCCAGGGGACACCCCCUCCUCUUCGGUCUCUUCCUCCGGGAUGAUAAGCCCCGCCUCCCCGCUCAGCCCACAGGACGGCUGGCAGGUGCACACUGACCAGGACAGCGGGAAGGAGUUUUAUUUCCAUCCUCUGACCAGACAGACCACCUGGUCCGACCCCCGCAACCCCCCACCCCCGCCGGCUGGAGACGUGGACCAGUCUGGGGACAGCGACGGGGAACAGCUGACCUCGCCCUCCCCUCUGUUCUCCCCCACCUCCUCUCAGGGUUCUGGUUCCGGUGGUUGGGAUCAGCUGUUGGACAAAGUCUCAGGGAGGUUCUACUACUACAACCCCACUUCAGGGGCCACGUCCUGGAACGUACCGGAGCCCAUCUCCCCCUCCUCCCCUUCAUCCCCUUCAUCCCCCCCAGGAUCUACAGCCGACAGGAAGCACCACGAUGGCCCGCCGCCGCUGCCACAGGAGGAUUAUCCCGUACACGCACAGAAUGACAACGACGUCUUCACAACGAAUCCUCAGCAGCUCGCGGUUCUGAUUCCCAGAGCCAAGCUGGACCUGAAGGAUGGAAACUGCCCUCAGAUCAGGAUGCAGGAGCUUCCGGCUUUGCCCCAAAGACUGAUGGGAAAUGGAGUUUCUGAGGAGGGAACGACUGUGCCGGCCAGGAACUGGAGACACAGCGUGGCCGAAGACACGUUUGCUCACACCCACCGGAGGAACGUCUCCGACUUCACCGACGUGUCCAACAGAAGACACUCCCCCGACAGGUCACAGCUCAAGGUACACAACCUGAAGAGGAACCUGUCGGAUCGGAGCACAGGCUCCCGCCAGCUGAACUGCCAUAUGCUGGAGAAAGCAGGAAUCAUGAAUAAGACCAAAGUAGUCGAUAACGGUAAAAAGAUCAGGAAGAACUGGAGUCAGUCCUGGACCGUCCUCCACGGUGGGAUCCUCACCUUCCACAAAGACCCCAAAUCUGCUCCCACUGGGAACGCCAGUAAAACGUCACAGAUCGUCCCAGAAUACACGGUGGAACUGAGAGGAGCGUCGGUGAUCUGGGCCGCCAAGGACAAGUCCUCCAAGAAGAACGUUCUUGAGCUGAGGACUCGUCAGGGAUGCGAGUACCUGAUGCAGUACGACACGGAGAGCAUCAUCUGUGAUUGGCUCAAAGUGAUGCAGGACACCAUCAGACAGCUGGAACAGGAUCAUCUGUCAGAGGACGAGGACGACGCCGCUUCAGACAAAGAGGACAAAGACAGGAAGAUGACAGCGACCAGGAGUUCAUCAGGAACAGCCGACACCGAGCAGAGACGAGUUCGGACCAAACUACGACGUUUCCUCCAGCGGAGGCCGACGCUGCAGAGCGUUAAAGAGAGAGGCUACAUCAGAGAUAACGUGUUCGGCUGCCACCUGGAUACUCUCUGUCACAGAGAGAACACCACCAUCCCCAGAUUCGUGGAGAAGUGUAUCAGAACAGUGGAGAGGAGAGGUCUGGACGUGGACGGGAUCUACAGAGUGAGCGGAAACCUGGCUGUGAUCCAGAAACUACGACAUAAAGCUGAUCAUGCAGAGGAGCAGCUGGACCUUGAGGACGGACAGUGGGAGGAGAUCCAUGUGAUCACUGGAGCUCUGAAGUUGUUCCUGCGGGAGCUUCCAGAGCCGCUGUUCCCCUUCAGCUGCUUCGACAAGUUCAUCGCUGCCAUCCAGAUCCAGGACUACAACCUGAAAGUGUCCUACAUGAAGGACCUGGUUCUCUCUUUGCCUCUGCCCAACCACGACACCAUGGAGCUGCUAUUCAAACACCUGCGCAGGGUGGUCGAGCACAAGGAGUCCAACAGGAUGUCGGUUCAGAGCAUCGCCAUCGUGCUCGGCCCCACGCUGUUACGCCCCCAGACCGAGUCGGCCAACAUGACGAUCCACAUGGUGUUCCAGAGUCAGAUAGUGGAGCUCAUGCUCAACGAGUUCCAGACCGUCUUCUCCCAGAAGUAGGGGAACCUCCUGGAGCUCCUCUGGAACCUCCCAGAACCCUCCGAGGACCUCCUGGAGCUCCUCUAGAACCUCCCAGAACCCCCGAGGACCUCCUGGAGCUCCUCUGGAACCUCCCAGAACCCUCCGAGGACCUCCUG